AUGAACUCCACGCCUGCGGCCCCUAGUGGUCAUACGUAUUAUACAAUUCUAGGCCUAACCCGCAACCUGCUCCAAGACCAAGCGGCCGAGCAGUCGCAGCUGGUAACCAAGCGGGCCUACCACCGGGCUCUACUGCAAAAUCACCCAGAUAAAUACCCACAACCUAAGAGUCAAGGACCUACUCACCCAAAUUCAACGACAUAUAAAUCGGCUACGCAGUCUGACAUUUUUACAAUCGACCAAAUAUCCACCGCCUACAAAGUGCUCUCCGAUCCCAGGUUGAAGGCGGAGUACGACCGGUCGUUGGACCUUACACCUAAUAAUCAGGGCCUCAAGCGCGAGCUGGCCUUCCAAACAGGCAUCGAGAAUGUGGAUCUAGAUGACUUAGACUUUGAUGAAGAAGCAGAGUGCUGGUAUCGGAGCUGCAGGUGUGGCAAUCCUCAGGGUUUCUUAUUUAUGGAGGCAGACUUAGAGGAGGCGGGGGAGACCGGGGAGUUACUCGUCGGCUGUCAAGACUGUAGCCUGUGGAUGAAGGUACAUUUCUCCAUUGUGAUCGACUGA